UCCAUUCGCAGCGCGGUGAUGCCAACCUCUCCGCGCAGGAAAAAAAAGUGAGUUAAAAAAAAUAAUUUAACCGAUCAAAAUAACAAUCUGUGGCGUGCCCUCAUUCAGUGUUCGCGGAGACGAGGUUCCCUAGCGGCGGCCAAGCCCCCGUGUUCCUCCCAUCGCGGGGCGUCGGCGAAACGAGUUGUUCUCUUGAACGAUGGAUUAGGCUGGCAUGAACGUUCGCCUCCUUCAAGGGAACUUCACCUCAGCGCAGCGCGCGCUAGCGCCGCCGGAGACGCUGGUUUCGCUGCUGAAAGCCAAUCCAACGAACAGCGCUCGCAGGUGCGGGAGAUACGUCGCCCUGUGAAUUGACGUCGCCGGUCUUCAUCCCACCGAAGCCGUACUACAUAGCUGAAAGUGUGUGUGUUUCGAGCGGACGUCGUCGAUAGCGCCGGCGACCGAUCGAGCCCAAGAUGAACGGAGGAGCGUACGGCGCUGGCAAGGCCGGCGGAGGCUUCGACCCGAUCGGUUUUGCGCUAAAACCGCAAGUCAUGCUUAGGAUAUUAUGCUGGUUGUUUGCCAUAGUGGUGUUCGGGUGCAUCUCCUCUGGUGGCUGGGUGGACGAGCGGUGCCAGUACAACAGUGACUCCAAUGCAUGCAACUUUGGCGUGGCAGUUGGCGUGCUUGCCUUCCUUGGCAGCUGCGGCUUCCUCGCCAUUGAGGCCAUGUUCGAGAACUUCUCCAGCAUCAAGAUCCGUCGCCGGGCCGUCGUUGCCGACAUGGCAUUUUCUGGCCUGUGGGCAUUCAUGUGGGUCGUGUGCUUCUGCUACCUGUGCGAUGCCUGGCGCAAGUCAGACAUGCCGAGUGACGGCUACGGCCUCAACAAUAUCCGGGCAGCCAUCGCCUUCAGCUUCUUCUCCAUCUUCACGUGGGCGGGCUGCGUGUUCCUUGCCUACCAACGCUACCGACAGGGCGCCGACGCACCCUUCAUGCCGAGCUACGAGGCCGACCCCACUGGCAUGGGUGGCGGCGGGGGCACGCCCUUCACGGGCGGCUAUCCCGGCGACAUGGGCGAUGCCUACCAGGAGCCCCCCUUCUCCACCAAGGCUGACCCCGGAGGCAUGGGCGGUGGAAACUUCCAGGCACCGGCCUACUAGCCCUCCCCCCUCCCUCGUCUGUGAUCCCUCUACCUCCCUCUCUUCGAGUCCUCUCUCCCCCCUUCUCGACCUGUAUACGUGUCUCUAGCCAAGGGGAGGGGAAAAAUGGUGAUCUACGUGUCUGUGUGUCGGCCAUGCGCACAAGAGCAGGACCUCAUACUGUGCAUGCAGCUGGGAGGCCCCAACUGCUUCAUAUCUUUGCCGCCAGACAGCGAACGAAAAAAAAAACUUAGAGCCAAGCGGUGUAUCAUGAAGUUCUCUAUAACCAUUCUAUGCAGAGUGUGAGCAGGGUGUUUGUUCCUAGGAUGAAAGUAUUGGUACUGUGACAGCUCCAGAAAGACUGUGCUUGGCUAGAACUAGCUGUUGGGGCAUUGUUGUGAACAGUAUGUUUGUUUUGCACUCACUGAAAGCCUCAGCUCUGCUCUUGUGGUACUUUCUGGUUGUGCGAAUUAACGAUGGGCUUACCAACUGUUCAUGGCACAUAUAUUGAAGCAAAAAAAGAGAGAAAAUGCUGGCUAGGUAGCAAAGCCUCAGAUAUUUGUUACUUAAAAAAAAAGGCUUAGUGUACUUCCCUGAAUUGUUACUAGGUGGCGCCACAGUAGCUUUUUUUGAACUGCAUUUCAAAAUUUGACAACAAGAAAGGGGCCUCACAGCAGUGCACAGUGGGAGACUCUGCACUGGGGGCUAGGUACUGUCUGUAUAAUAGGCCAGAGGAAAGCAUAGCACUUGCUCUGACAUGGCAUGAGGCUGGAUUUAUCACUACAGGCAAAUCCUACUUAGCUGUACGGUCACAAUGAAGUCAUUACUGGCUCAUUUGCUUGGCUUGUACUUAACCCGCAGUAUUGGUGCAUUUGCUGAAAAAACAAAAAAACAUUUUGCAGUCGGAACAUUAUGGAAGCCUUGGCUGGCUAAAGAUUUUGGCCUGCUCUGCCUGCGUAGUUGGGGUGCAAGUGCCAUGCUUUUCUCCAAGGCCACAUGUGAAUGGGUGUGCAGAUUCCAAGUGUACUCUGGGUUGUGUUGAAGAUAACGUGGAUGCCCCCCCGGCAAUCUAGUCAAGUAGGCACUCUGUCACUGUUCCCUGCAAGAGAGUUCAAUUGCUGUCUCUCGGAGACUGUGUAUCCAGGCAUUGAAUCGCACGUCACCAGCAACUGAUCCAGAGCCAAUGCUGUUGGCAGCCUAUGUAUGUUGGGAUGUGAGAAUACUGACAUAUGUUUCCCACGCUGGGAACAUAAAUUACGAGCGUGGACUCGACGAAUGCUCGAUGCAUGCUCAACACACACUGGACACCUGCAAGAAGUGGCACAGUAAACACGCGAGAACAAAUGUCAUGGAAGACUGCAUGUGUGUUCGCAGACGGUAGGAGCUGCAUUAGUCAUCAGUAUCACCACCACUAGCUUUCAGAGCUACUACAAAUUGGCGUGCUGAACAUCUGGCCAAUCACAAAUUUGACAAAAAUAACCCUGCUUUCAGUCUAAGGAAUGGAGCCCCAUAUUACACCAUUUCCUGCUCUAUAAAAGAGUUCAACAUUCUCACACCUUUUCAGGUGUGAUAUUGUCUCUCGGUGUCGACCACUGGUGCACUUCCUUCGACGCACGCCCAGUAAUUUCCUGUCAGGAAAGCCGUACUAAUCUGUUUCACAGCAUUCCUGCUGUGAGUGCAAUUGGCUAAAAAACAAUGCAGACAAGAUCGAUCAAAAUUAUCAUAGUGCGAUCAAAAUUACCCUCAAGAAGGUGUGCAAUCUCAAAGGGUGUUCAGGCUCUCAACUGACCCGUCUGAAGCGAAGUGCCAUUAUAAGAAACUGCUAUUGUUGAAUAAAAACAAUUGCAAAUUUUUUUUUUUAUUGAAAAGCAUGGUAUUGUGAUGUUCGACGAAAACUGUGAGGAGUAGUGCCAGUGAUGAUGACCAUAGCUUCAUAAGAACAUGCCACCUUUUGGACAAAGUAAGAAACGUACAACCUUUGCAUGAUUCAAGGCCUGUAUUUCCGUGCUGUUAAAAGCAGAACCGAUCGCAUGUAUUAUUGUGCGGUGCAUUCGCUCCUGUUGCAAGCUCAUACUCUAGAAAUUCUGGCAUGACACCAUUAGAUGUUGCUGCAAACUUGAAUGUAUGUAUGUGGCCUCUAAUAUCCUCGGAAUUUCUGCCAUUCUUUAUAAACAUGAACGUACUUGUCUGUGAAGUCUUGGAGAAACUGCCUCGCAGCCUCCAGUGUAAUGUUGUAACUUUUGCUUGCCAACCUGUCCAACAAAGGGUGCAUAUUGAUGCCACUGAAUUGCAGGCAAAACUAUGUUAUAGCCGUUGUCCUAAUUACCAAGUUAUUGCCUCGAUGAUCUCAUUUGAAACUAAGCAUUGCUCUGAAUUGCAGAGGUCAUUACAUACAGUCGGGGACAAAAGCUUGUGGACCGUGCCUGUGGAGUAAACCUGAAUUUCACCAUAGCCCAGCCACACAUACAACUUGUAACAGUGAACUGGCCAGCAAAUUUAUGCAUUUGAGAAUUGUAGUACGUCAUUCGGCUCCUGGUUAUGUAUGCCGAAUUGAAACGCUGGUGCUCUCGCAUUAUGCACGGUCCAGAAACUUUUGCAUACAACCCCCAAAUCAUUUUUCGGCCUUUUGUGUGUUUUAUCAGUUUCAUGUGGUAUGUGCAACUAAGACGCACUACGACUCUAGUCAAGUGGAAUUAUUUUUAGUCAUGUUUCGAUUCCUAGAUUGCAUUGGCAUGACAGCUUGUUGCAUGCGUUUUUAAUGAUCUCCCUCAAGAAUGUGUUGCAGUGAUGUUUGCUUGCAUUCCAAAUGCGGCCACCAUUGUGAAGACGUAUCGUGCAGUCCACUACGUACAUUCCUACUGCCAGAUUGUUGUACUGCACGAGAUUCCCGCUGAUUGCGCAGUGCUGCUGCGAUGACAGUGGGGAACAAUGUGCAAACUGGCAUGACCUCCGCAUAUCUAGUCUCUGACGAGAGCACUCUGCUUGCCUGCAUGUGAAAAUGGACGCCGCCGACAUUUCACACUGCUUCUCUAACCCUGUCAAGACUUUGUCCCAGCUUAUCUCCCGUCAUUCAAAAGUCACACCCACCGCGCAACUAGACUUGGUGUCAAUCGGUGACAGCGUUGAAAUGAUGAACAACCGCGCACGCAUUCUUGAUGCUUCUAGUCAUCGUAUGAAACCCCGCCGUGUCUUAAAACACUCGUCAAAGGAAUCCAUGCCCAUACAUCACUGCUCUCCAUCUUUGAGAACUUGCAAUUUCUUCCGUCACGCGAUUAAAAAAAAACAAACAAGACUGCAAUAACGAAAAUGUAUUUUUGUGCGAGGCGUGCACACACACAAUAGACACCCGCAAUAACCGUGCCUCCGAAGGAAACUUUAGGUCGGCUGUCGUGUGCUGUCUUCGGGUAGGAUCAGAAAACACAUUUUUCCGCUCCUCGGUGGCUAACCGACGACCUGCCCGGCUUUCGUGACUUCCUAACAACACUGCACUCAUUAACCAACACAACACAUUUGCAUACUGGUAUUUCAGCUCUAUUUCAGAUGGACAAGGCUUCCUUGUUUGAUUAUGUUUGUUGAGACGAGUUGUUUUGUAACGGCAUGGCAGCGAAACAUAUUUGUACAUUAAAGAAAAAAUGUCACCUGCCAAGUUCUUAAAAGAUACCGUUUUGAAUUUUGUUAACCGACACCGCCACAUUUCCCGUCCUGCCUACGAUACAGGCUACCCAAAUUUACAACCACGAUUUGUUGUAGCGAGCAUAGGCCUUUCCGACAGGUUUUCCUUUCACGACGUACGUCUAACCAUUUGUAGCAGUCGUUGUGGCCAUUGGGCAGACUGGCAGAACGUGCAGUUGUUUACUUCGUUGCUUAUUGUCCCUCGGUCGCUGUGCACUGUAGAGACUAGGCAGCCUCCCUUUGUACUUGCAAGUUGUUGAUCUCUUUUUAUUUUCCAAGUACGCUGCAGUCAAUGCAAAUCGAACUCGAUGCAGGCUGGACCCUGCUUCAUGUUUCGUGCAAGUACGGCUCGACUUCAAUGCCACAGUACUCGGUUACACAGUCUGCGCUGUAAUCUCGCUUGAUGAACUCUGCACGGAUAGAAUUGACAAAGGAUUGAAAGUGGCCGUGUUGCAAGAGGUAUUGCAGCAGACUCUGCAGAUCCGAGCUUCAAAAAAAAGGCAGACGCGGGAAGAUGUCGCAAGUGGCAGUUAUUGUGGACUUUCUGGUUUAUGGCUUGUGCUUGCACACGCAGUUUUCUUACGUACAAUUUCAUUUGUGCUGAGCGAUGUUCGUUAGCAUCAUAAAGAGACUGCCACCGUCACGCUGUUUCCUUUGCACUUGGAUCCUGAAAGCUGUUACUGCCAUAGAUGAUGCUUCUUUGGGAUGAUGCCACUAAUCAGCAAUCUUAUUAUUGUUAUUAUUAUUUCUUGCUUUCUUUCUUCCCCGCCGAUUCAGAUGCCCAGAAUAUUACUACUGCACAAAAUGAAAGCUAUUAUCAAAGUGUUUAGGGAUUGUCACCGCUGUACACUCACACACACACCCUUAGCAAAAAAAUGGACGCUUUUCAUCCUAGCGCCAGCAGCGAAACUAACAAAAGUACGCCAACAUCAGGUUGGAGAGAUUGUAGAUUUGUGAGGAGCCAUCGGUGGCCCUAUCGCGUGUGUUGUAAACCUCCCUCGUUAGCUGCUUUCUCAUGCAAAAUACCACGCAGGUAAUGAAGUAUGUGCAGACACGUUGGCUGGUCUCACUGCUGACAUUGUUUACUGGUGCCCAGCAAUGAAGAAGCACCAUAUUUUUGCAGCCAUAAUCUGUCGUGAUCUUCAAAGUGGCUACGGGAAAUCGCCUAGCUUGGUCAGCAAGAACUGCCCUGAUGGGCAUGUCAUUGUCUGAUGCAAAAACAAAGCCAGACGUCUGCCGAGGAACUGAACAGAAUGUACACCCAAUUAUUCCAGAGACGCAUUUUUUUUUUCUACAAUGCAUCUACUUGAUUGCACGGGUGCUAACGGUCCUGAAAGUCUUAUAAGUUGGCAGUGACCGUAAUAAGUGGGUUCAGCUCUAAAAUCGCUCUAGCGCAAGUCUCGGCUGCUCGCAAUUCACAACUGCAGAGCGGACGACCGUUGGAUUACGGCAGCACACGAGGAUCGCAGAAGCUGCGGGGUGGAGCGCAGCCCGACGGAAGCGAUUAGCCCGUUGAUUCCACCUGUCUGCAAACUUCCUUCAUGUUUGGCCUUAAGUGCGACGGAGCCCCGUUUGAGCAGAUGUUAAACACACCCAAGGGAAGGCGUCGUGUAUUAUAUUCUCAAUGUAAACACACCUAUUCACUGGUCUAUGUUGUAAAUAUUACACUGUCUCUAUCUCUCUCUUGCGUGCCUGUACAUAUACGCUUAUCUGUGUUCGCAUACGCCUUGUUUACUGUGCAGAAGACAUUUGCAAGCAGGCUGGCGUUGUUCGAAGUAUGUGUUCACUGCAGCACAAAGCAUUUUCCAGAUAAUGAUGAGCUACAACAAGGCGGGCGACGUGCGCAUUGCAUACAUUUCUCACACAGGCUAGGCUUAGGGAUGUUAUUUUUUUGCGAGUGUCACUGCAAAGGCUACUCCUGAAUACCGUCUGCAGUCAGCUCCUUUGUUUCAGAAGAAACAUAAAAGCCUCUUCAUUCGUCAUGCCUCACAUGCUCCUAACGCCUAGAUUUUGUGUUGCCUUCUACGUUCUGCCACAUGUUUUAUGAGGCAAGAAAAUGAGAAAACUUUAGAAUUGGGUACCCAGGCCUUGGGUUCCUUGGAUGCGCAUGCUAUUUUAGAAAAAAAUAGCAGCCGUAACACUAACCCAAGGUGUGGCUUACGUUUGACUAUUGCCUCGGGCAACAAUUUAAGGUGAUUCCAUAUGCGAGGUUCUAGGUACCCAAUCGUAAAACUCUCCACUAUUUGGCUCACCCCAGAUGCUUACUUGUGCACCGCAAGUUUUCAACUCAGUCUGAAUAUGCGUGCGCAUAGGGCUUUGCGAACAAUGCAUAGAGGCUGUUCUGCACGUUUCUCGCCACUUCAAAAAACGACGGCGUGUGCCCUUAGAUCACCAUAUCUCCACUUAGUGUAACUUCAAGCAUUUAGAAAAGCUCAGCAUGUGUGAAUUAUUUAUGAAAUGCAUGGCAGGUAUGAUCCGGUGGCUCGCAUUUAUUUCCAAUUAUGCAGCUACUUUCACGAAUACACGGAGGUGUCUUGUGGACGUAGCAUGCUGCAAUCAUUUUAGCAUGCCUUCGGUUAUCACUGGUCACAUUUGAUUUUCCAGUUGCGUGCAACUUCUUUCCGUGAUUGUUUCAUCAGUGGUGUGUUUGUGACACGAGUGCGUUUGGUUGUUUCACGUGAGGUUCUGCGAGGGUUUGGCGAUUUUGUUCAUAGUGUCACGAUGGCGAUAUAAUAAUAAUAAAAAAAGCUCUAGAUGAUGUUUGUGCAUGUGCACGCGUGUGAUAUAACUAUUAUGUAGUUGAAGGAAGCAACAUGUUAAUGUAACUAGUUGGGAAGAAAUAAAGGAUGCUGUCACGCGA